AUGGCCAGUGUCUUCAAUACCUACAAGAUCCCACAGGAGUUUGGUAACAGACAUCAAAUGAGUUUUGUGAGGGGUUUAGAAGGGAAGUUGCAUGUGGGCCCAGAAGUGGUCUCCCUUUAUCAGAAACGAGACACCAAGCAUGAGAAGCUUCAUGCUUUUCUGAGCAAUAUCCAUUUCAACAAUAGUGCUGGGGAAGAAAUCUUUUUUGAUGAGGAAGGGAGCCUGCCAUCAGGAUACGAUAUCAUCAACUUGGUCACAUUCCCCAAUGACACCUUCCAGAAAGUCCAAACUGGAAGGAUGGAUCCCCUGGCUCGUGAAGGAGAAAUGUUCACCAUGAAUGCAAGUGCUACUGUAUGGAACCACAAGUUUAAAGAGAUGCAACCCCGUUCCCAGUGUGUCGAGAGCUGCCAUCUUGGAUCCAGCAGGAUUGCCCAGCAGGGAAGACAAAUUUGUUGCUAUGAUUGUGCUCAGUGUCCUGCAGGGAGGAUUUCAACACAGACUGAUGCAGACCAGUGUGAGAUGUGCCCAGAAGAUCAAUGUCCAAAUGAGAAACAGGAUCAAUGCAUCGCCAAAACGAUGACCUAUUUAUCCUAUGGAGAACCGUUGGGAGCAGUUUUGAUUUCUUUUGCUCUUUUGUUUUCCCUGAUCACCUUUGCUGUGAUUGGGAUCUUUGUUCUGCUCUCCAAAACUCCCAUUGUGAAAGCCAAUAACUGGAGCAUUACUUGUACCCUUCUCUCCUCUCUGCUGCUUUGCUUUCUCUGCUCCUUCCUAUUCAUUGGUCAGCCUAGGAAGGUGACCUGUCUCCUCAGACAAACCGUGUUUGGCAUCACCUUUACUGUCGCAAUUUCCUCUGUGUUGGCUAAAACCAUCACUGUUGUUCUGGCCUUCCUGGCCACCAAGCCAGGAAACAGGAUGAGGAGAUGGAUAGGGAAGAGGCUGGCAGUAUCGGUCAUCAUUCUCUGUUCACUUAUUCAAAUUGGCAUCUGUGCUGUGUGGCUGGCAAACACUCCCCCUUUCCCAGAGUUUGACAUGCACUCUCAGAUCAGUGAGAUCAUUGUGCAAUGCAAUGAAGGCUCAAACACCAUGUUCUACAUCGUCCUGGGCUACAUGGGUUUUCUGGCCAUCAUCAGCUUCACUGUGGCCUUCCUUGCGAGAAAGUUACCAGAUAGCUUUAAUGAAGCCAAGCUGAUCACCUUCAGCAUGCUGGUCUUCUGCACUGUUUGGAUUACUUUUGUCCCAAGCUACCUGAGCACCAAGGGGAAAUACAUGGUGGCUGUGGAGCUCUUCUCCAUCAUGGCCUCUAGUGGUGGACUGUUGAGUUGUAUCUUCCUCCCCAAAUGCUACAUUAUGAUUCUUAGACCUGAUCUGAAC